AUGGGUAGGGUUGUUACCAGGGGUCUGGGGAGAAGAGGGGAUAGUGAUGAUUCUGACGGUGCUCCCCAGCGUCGAAGGCCGACGGCAUCGGCACGCAGGCGACGGGUACCUGUCAUUGUUGAUGAUCAUGUGCCUACGAUACCUGCGGACUCGGCUGCGGUACCAGAGGAUACCGAUGAGCCUGAGGGAUUUCCGGGUGGACCCAAGGACCCAACAGUGCUUACGGAGUAUGCUGACCAUGUUGCAGCCAACGUAUGGUUUGGACAGGAACGUCCUGAUUUGAAGUUAUCCUCCCAUGAAAGGAAGGUGCAUAACUUGGGCAGGCUUGUUCCUACAAUUGAGGACAUGGUUGCUGGGACAAGAUUAAGUCCUUUGAUCGCGUGCUCGAUAGACACCGACGAUCGGGGACUUAUAUCCUCCUUUGUCGAGAGGUGGCACUGGGAGACUUCUAGUUUCCAUCUUCCUGUGGGGGAUGCUUCGAUCACGCUGGACGAUGUCGCGUCUCUUCUCCAUCUGCCGAUCGUUGGCGAAUUCCAUGACUUCCAGCCUCUGCGCACCGACGAGGCGGUGCUAUUGUUGGUUGAGUUACUGAUGGUCUCAGCAGAGGUGGCCAUGGCCAAGACAGGCCAAUGUGGUGGACCAUACAUACGCCUGCAGUGGCUGCGAGACGUAUACCAGUGUAGAUGUCAGACACAGCACUGGAUAGUUGCCGCUCGCACUUAUGUUCUGCAUCUUUUGGGUUGCACUCUUUUUGCAAAUAAGAGUGUAACCCAUGUUCAUGUCGUACACUUAGAGGUCCUGCGUGACCUCAAUCUUGCUGGGUGGUAUGCAUGGGGAGCUGUUGGCCUCAUCCAUAUGUACGAUCAGCUUAAUGAUGUCAAUCUCAGCACUAGCCGACAACUUGCUGGUUACAUCACCUUGUUACAAUGUUGGAUAUACGAGCACUUUUCGUCAGUUGCGGAGUGCAAUGCUAAUUCGAACUACGACAAGGUGUCACCACGUGCGUGUCGAUGGAUUGCGAUAAAGAAGACUGUGAAGAAGCUCCGCUGGGGGCCUGUUGUUGUCAGAUACAGACCGGAAAGGGUUAUGCGCCAAUUCGGCUACGUCCAAUGCAUUCCUGCACACCCUGUCCAUUCAUGGGUGUCAUAUGAUGAUGUGGAUGAUACGUGGACGCACUACUCAGACCAUCUGGUGGCAGUAGGUGAUCUAUGUGUUGUGCCAGAUCCUGAUGCGGACAAGCCCAGACAUGCAGUGGAGGUUUGCCAUGCAAUCACAGAGGCUUUGGAGCAACAUCUAAAUGCGCCCGACACAUCGACACAUGAAGAGGUCAUCCAAAAAUGCCUCAGGAUUGCCAGGGGUGUCACAGAAGACCGCAAUGUGUAUGUGAGGUCUCGACGUAGACGGCGCAUGGAUCAACAAUAG